AAUGCAUCUGACUUAUGUUGUUUUGAUAUUCACAUUUUUCAAAAUAUAACAUAACACCAUUGAGUGAAUGACUUCAUCUUGUGAUGUUACAGAGAGGGAGGGUAUGGUGGGGAGGCGUAGUGUAACACUAUCAGCUAUUUGCACAUGUUGUAUUUUUUCACCCAAGGUGCUUCAACCCUCCAUUCUAAACUGUCAAAACUCCUUCAUCACACAGCGUAGCGUAAUCAUAUUAUACAGUAUAUAGUUUUCUUCAAGAAUGUUUGCUUCCCUCUUUGUGGUCAUUCUGGGGUUGUGCUACUGUAGCAAGGAGAGCAUUUUGUUUUAUUUUUGAUAGGUCAGUUAAUUCUGGGGCGUCCACGACUGUUUGGCCCUUCGGAGGCUUUGCUGAAAACGGCCGUAGAUCUUCAUUGUGAACUGGGGACCUACCCAAAGAAUGAGUCUAUCCUGCUGCAGUUAUUCAAGGAGGGUAACCGUAAAAAGUUGUUGGGCGAAUACACCUACAUGGACGGAGUGCUUGCAUCCUUCCCCUUGGCAAUCAAACAUUCCCAUGAAGGAAACCUGGAGUGUGUGGCCAAAGGGCAGAACAACUCUAACAUAGAGCCCACUGUCAGCAACACACACUAUCUGAGGGUUGUUGAACCAGUGGAAGGUGCACACGUUGACGUCUAUUCAGGACCAGUGAAGUUCUUUGAGGGGAAGACACUGGAGCUGCGCUGUCAACUUGCCGCUGGAAAUCAUGUCUCCUACAAGUGGCUGCUGAAUGGUCGGCUUGUCUCUCAGUCUCCUCUCCACUAUGUUGCAGAUAACCGUCUCUUGAUCAACAGAACUACUUCUAAAGACAGCGGCUCCUACAUGUGUAUCGCCACCAACCACUUCAACAAAACAGUCUUCACCGCCAACAGCUCUGAAGUUGUAAUCACAGUCAAAGGCGUGGUGUCAAACCCUGACAUCUCCUUCACCGUGUUAAAAAAGGAUUCCCACAGCUAUUCUGCCGUGGUCACCUGUCACUCAAUGAGAGGGACUCCGCCUGUCACCUUUGCACUAUACAGGAACAGAACAGAAUUGCUUGCCAAUACGACGGUUGAAGAGAGAAACGCCACAUUUAAGGUUCCAUUGGUCUUGGGCCAGCACUUGGGAUGGCUCCAGUGCCAGGCAAACAAUGGAGACCGGAUCGCAUACAGUAAAAGGAUUCCCCUAGAAGUUGUCCCGGUUGGUGGGCCUGUGAUGAUGCAUUACGAAUAUGACAUUGGCGAAAACUAUGCUGUGAUCAGCCUGAGGUUCUACUGCAAGGUGGUGAAGGGAUCUCUUCCACGGUACCAGUGGUUCCUCAACAACACCCUUCUACAUGGCAGAGGAAGCUUCUACAAUGUGGUCAACCAGCCUCCAGAACAGUCUAAACUCCUGCUGUCUGUAGGGAGGAGCAGCGCUGGGACGUACCACUGUGAAGUAUCAGACAGCUAUGACAGCACCACCGCCAUAAGCAGCAAGAGGCAGUAUUUGGAUAAAGAAGUGCUGAAUCGUCUCCCCGUCUUGGUGGUGGCAGUUGUGUUUGGAUGUUUCACAGUCGUGCUUCUCCUGGUCUUCGUUUGUUGUUGGAUCGGAGUGGUGUUCAGGCGAAAGCAGUACGGACAGAAGUCUCUGUGGAGCUUGGAGAUGGAGCGAAUGGCAGCUGCAUAUGAGGGCGAGCUGGAUUUGUCAGAGUACGAUGAGGAUGCAGAUGUGGUGAAGACAGCCAGAAGUGGUGAAUUUGAUCAGGCAUCUAACGCCUCUGUAGAUGAAUGGUCCCAAAUUAAGGGACCAGUUGAUCAACAAGAUGAACCAGUUGAGGAGUCCUGAAGGUUCAAACUGUUUGCUCUGUAAACAGAAAUCAGAAGUACCUUAUUGAUCCCCGAGGGGAAACUCUUUGUUGUGGCUAAAUAAACAGCUCCUCAUAAUGA